AUGUCAGAGAAGUAUGAGGCUAUGUUCCGCUCUGCGGAAAUGAGCUUAGUGCAGCUGUACGUGCCCCAGGAAAUUGCGAGGGACACAGUCUACAGCCUGGGAAACCGCGGGCUUGUGCAGUUUCGGGACCUGAACAGGAAGGUUCGGGCGUUCCAGCGUACCUUUGUCCCUGAGGUCAGACGUUUAGACGAGCUGCAGAGACAGUACCGUUACUUCUACUCGCUGUUAUGCAAGUACGACAUCAAAUUGUAUGAGGACUUUGAGGACGAAGAAGACGAGGAAGUCCUGGCCGCGAGCCCUGUAGCUAGUGCUCACAAGCUUGCUCCACGUACCUCGAAGAUUGACGACCAUAUCGAAAACGGUACGCUUAUCGAGAAGCGCAUGCAACAGCUUGUCGAGGCCAGCGAGCAGCUUGAGCUCCAAAAGUCGGACUUGGAGCAGUUCCGCCACGUGCUGAAGGCGGGCGACGAGUUCUUCGCGCAAAGUGCGGGACUGACAUCGCAGGACUCAGGCGAGGAAAAUUUCCCACGUUCCGUGUCUUUUGUUACUGGUACUAUUCCCAGAGCCAAGGCCGGGACGCUAGAACAGAUCUUGUGGCGUGUGUUGAGGGGUAAUUUGUUCUUCAGGACUGUACCUAUCACCGAGCCUCUGUACGACGCCAAGGCCCAGAAGAAGAUCUACAAAGACGCGUUUAUUGUGUUCUCUUACGGUGAUAUCAUCUUGCAAAGGGUCAAAAAAGUUGCCGAGUCCCUUGACGCGAGCUUGUACGAAAUUAGCGACGACCAAUCUAACCGCUCCAAACAACUCUCGGAGGUCAACUCUCGCCUAGCGGACGUUUACACUGUCUUAGAUACUACCAACACCACUUUGGAGACCGAGUUAUUUGCCGUUUCGAAAGAGCUCCACGCAUGGAACACCGAAAUUGCUCGCGAAAAGGCUGUUUACGAGACUCUAAACUUGUUCGACUUCGACUCCAACCGUAAGACGUUGGUUGGUGAAGGCUGGGUACCUCAGGACGAACUUGGAAGUCUGCAAGUCCAGCUGGCUAACCUAACAGAGACCCUAGGUGUGGAUGUCCCAUCUAUUGUUCAAGUUCUCGAGACCAACAGAACUCCACCUACGUUCCACAGAACCAACAAGUUUACUGCGGCCUUCCAAAACAUCUGUGACUGUUACGGUACUGCCACUUAUCGUGAAGUCAAUCCCGGUUUGCCAACUAUUGUUACCUUCCCCUUCAUGUUCGCUGUAAUGUUUGGUGAUAUGGGACAUGGUAUGCUGAUGAGUAUGGUUGCUGGUUUGCUUGUGUUCAACGAAAAGGCUCUUGGCAAGAUGAAGCGUGACGAGAUUUUCGACAUGGCCUUCUCCGGACGUUACAUCUUGUUGUUAAUGGGUCUUUUCUCCAUUUACACGGGUUUCUUGUACAACGACAUGUUUUCUAAGUCUUUGACUCUGUUCAAGUCUGGAUGGGAAUGGCCAUCCCACUGGCAUCUCGGUGAGGCCAUUGAAGCGAAAAGUGUGGGCACGUAUGUUUUCGGUUUGGACUGGGCUUGGCAUGGUACUGAAAACGCUCUGCUUUUCAGCAAUUCUUACAAGAUGAAACUCUCUGUCUUGCUUGGUUUCAUUCAUAUGACCUACUCUUACAUGUUUUCCUUGGUCAACUACGUGUACUUCCAGAAGUGGAUUGACAUUAUUGGUAACUUCAUCCCUGGUCUCUUGUUCAUGCAAGGUAUCUUUGGUUACCUCACGGUCUGUAUCAUCUACAAGUGGACUAUUGACUGGGUUGCUAUUGGCAAGCCUGCGCCAGGUUUGCUGAACACCUUGAUCAACAUGUUUUUGUCGCCAGGUACAGUUGAGGAGGAACUCUACCCUCAUCAAGCUAAAGUCCAGGUGUUCCUACUUAUCAUGGCUUUGAUCUGCAUCCCUUGUCUGUUGCUGAUCAAGCCAUUGCACUUCAAGUUUACUCAAGACAAACAUCAACAUAUUGCUCUGCCUGACAACGAGGCUGGGCUUGUUCACCACGAAACAAACACUGGAGCAGGGGCUGUCGAAGAUGACGAUGACGACGAGGAGGGUGGCCAUGGCGAAGAAUUUGGUGAUGUUAUGAUUCACCAAGUGAUUCACACCAUUGAGUUCUGCCUGAACACCGUGUCUCACACGGCUUCUUAUUUGCGUCUCUGGGCCUUGUCGUUGGCGCACGCUCAACUAUCUACCGUUUUGUGGACUAUGACCAUUCAAAUCGCCUUUAGCAUGAGGGGCUUUGUUGGCGUGGUCAUGACUGUCAUCUUAUUCGGCAUGUGGUUCGUCUUGACAUGCGUCAUUCUUGUUUUGAUGGAAGGAACUUCAGCCAUGUUGCACUCUUUGCGUCUGCACUGGGUCGAAUCCAUGUCCAAAUUUUUCGAGGGUGAAGGUUACCCAUAUGAGCCUUUCAAGUUCAUGCCUGUUGAAUUUGAGAACGAACAAUAA